CCGUGUAGCCUGCCUGAAACAUGCAGAGAGGCCCCAGGUGAAUGGAAAGAAAGGUACCAUUGCAGGGAUCAACAACUCCUCCAAUUAGUUUGAAAUGCUUAGAAAGGAAAAAGCAGAAGAAUUUUCUGAGUAUGCGGCCUUUACAUACGCAGAAAAGAAAAGGGCAAGAGACCAAGGGACGGAGGACAAGGACAAAACCAUCCCAACAACCAAAGACGACUUUCAAGACCUGCGACCCAAGACGAGGAAAGUAAGCAAGCAUCGGAAAAGAAAGGAUUUGAACAAGGAACAAACAGAAAUGGAGGAGGAAUCAGAACGCAGCCUCCUGGAGAAGGAAGCGGCAGUAGUACUUUCACAAACAGAGAAGCUGAAGAAAUGGAACAAAGAAUACACUUCUGAAUUUAUCACUAUCACACAGAUAGCAUGUGGCAAAGCUCCCAUGGUGACUAAGUCGGCCAAAGCAGCGCGAAGAACCCUGAGAAACAUCCGACCACUCAUCGCAGCCAGAUAUGUGGCAAAAGCACAAGAAUGGCAGACCGCCACAGAUGUGUCUUUCAAAAUCCCUCACUUCGUGGAAGGGGAGAAAGUUGUCAAAGUGUUUGAGAAGCAGGUAACAAUGGACACCCCACUGACGAUCUUCGAGACGGUAGCUAUGGAGGAAAGCCAGAUUGACACCUGCAUGCAAGAAGAUUGCGAGACCUCUGAGAAGAGCACGCGAGAGACGAACAGGAACUCCCCAAGGGCCUUUUCACCCCUAAUUGCCAAAAUGCAGGAAUCAACAAAAUUAAGAUUCGGGAUGAUCUGGAAACCCUGGAAAACAGUGACUGAGGUCCCCUACAACAUCCUAGCAGAUAUAGGUAUGUCGGCGGAGUUGAUGGCCACAACGGUCGCACAUAUUGUCUCGACGGGGUUGCUGGAAGGAGAUGAGGACCUGGAUGCAAGAGCAUAUGCCACCAACUGUGAGAGAUUCUACAGGAGCGACGCUUCGGACUGCGAUUCAUGGGACGUGGAUGAUGAAAAAGAAAAGUUGGAUGUAUUCACUGAUUUGGAGAAGGACGGUCGUGGGAAGGACGGGUUGGAGGGUUCAGACACUGUAGGAGAGGGUCUACCCUCCUCAUCGGAGGACAAUGGGUUGAAGACCGAUCAAGAGGUAAUCGAAGAGGGUGGGAGCGCGGAGGGACCCCCCCUCCCUCCUUAGAUCCCCCCUUACCUUUUUGCCCCCUAAACCGGUGCAGCUACAGCCAUGGAGAGUUAUAGGCUAAGGGCUAAUGAGGCGGGGGAUCGUGUUGAUUGGAGAAAUCAAGGGCUAGUCAUCAGAAGCUGGAAUGUUAAUGGGCUUGGGAAUAUAGCAGAGAGAAGAAAAAUUGAACGAUUUGUUAACAGGGGUGACAAUCACUAAUAGGAAAGUAGAGGAUAUUUUGUUAUUACAAGAAACUCACCUCACUUUCUUGACGGAACAUAACAAAAUCCGCUCUUUUCU